CUCUCAGAUUAUUAUUUCUACACAGGGACGGUCUGCAGUCACCGUUCAGAUGGGGUUCACGUGAAGACACUUGCUGAGCGCUCGAGACAGCUAAAGCCUGGAGAAGCUGAGCGAUUCUGUAGGCUAAAUGCCGGAGAGGACAGUGACGGUUUCCUGUGAGACAUCAAAGACUCGUCUGCGUCCUGUAGGAUUCUAGUUCCUCGCGUGCCAUGCUGUCUAGUGUCUGAACCCGGAGCCGCUAUCAGCCGCGAUCGCGAUGCUCGUGCAUCAGAGCGUGAGCGCGCCGCUGGCGGAGAUGCGCGCCGUCGGUCGGACAGACACCACCUUCACCAAGAUCUUCGUGGGCGGGCUGCCGUAUCACGCCACGGACGCGUCACUGCGGGAAUAUUUCGGGAGUUUCGGGGAGAUUUCCGAGGCGGUGGUGAUCACGGACCGACAGACGGGGAAGUCGCGAGGAUACGGGUUUGUCACAAUGAUAGAGAAAGCAGCAGCAGAGCAAGCCUGCAAAGAUCCAAACCCCAUCAUCGAUGGGCGCAAGGCCAAUGUCAACCUGGCAUACCUGGGGGCCAAACCUCGCAGUCCACAGACGGGUUACUCUACUGGAAUGCAGCAGAUUCACCCUGCUCUGUUUCAGAGACAGUACGAGCUGGCGCAGCAGUUUGUGUACCCACAGGCUUUACUGCAGCCGGGUCUGCUGUUCCCGACUCAGGUCACCACCGCUGUCUCCUCCCCUUAUCUGGACUAUACUGCCUCCUACGCCAAUUAUGCGUCAGCAGCCUUCGAGCAGUACCCCUACGCCACUUCUCCAGCUUUCCUCACAUACGACUGUCCCACAGGUACCCCAGGGCAGUCGGCCAAUACCACCCCAAACCCGUUUACCACGUCUCUUUUAGCCGGAGCCGCUUCAGCCACAGCCUUCCUCCAUCUUCCUCCAGAUCCACUCCACAGUGUGCGGCCGUAGCCUGCGGUGGAGAUGCGUACUGCACUUGGAGACAGAAUCAGGACAGCACCACUGCAGGACUCACACCCCAAAGAAUGAGAGAGACAGGCUGAGGUCACUCCGUCCAAAGGGCUUUUGAUGAUUUUGCGAGUCUAUCAGCCUUCAGUUUUAUUGUUAAUCAGAUUUUGUGUUUAUCAUAGCUUGUAUACUUAUUGUCAUUAUUAAAGGUACACCAGUUCUAAAA